CAUUAUGAGCUUUAGGUUAAUUGAUUAAAGGACAAAUUCACAUUGAUAUAUUUAUUCCACGGCGAAAUUGUUAGUUGCGAAAUCUGCAAACGCAUGACAUAAAGAAACUUCUGACCUAAUUUCUAAAUACAUAUAGAUUAAUGGAAAUAACAUGUCAAAAGCAACAAAAAGAAAGCAUGUAACUAAAGAAGUACUGGAUGAAUAUGUUCUUCCUGAAAAAAACCAACAGAUUGUUAAGGUUGUAGCAGGAAAAGGUAACAAUCUUCAUGAAAUACAGACAGCUGAUAACCAAACAUUCCUUGUUAGUAUGCCCACUCGAUUCAGAAAAAAUGUUUGGAUAAAAAGAGGGGAUUUUGUUUUCAUAGAACCAAUAGAAGAAGGAGACAGAGUUAAGGCAGAAAUUUCAAGAAUCCUUUACAAGGACCAGAUAAAAUAUAUUAAAGAAGAAGGGAAAUGGCCUGAAGCUUUCAUGGAAACAACAAACACAGAAAAGAACAAGAUGAUACCAGAUGAUAUGCUGCCACCUAGUGACAGUUCUGAUGAAGAUGUUGGAGAUCUUGUGGUUAAUGCUAAUAGACAGAAAGUAGCAGUGUAUGAAGAAAGUGACAAUGAAACAAGUGAAGAUAAUGAUGAUGUAACAUAAAACACAUUAAAGACGUAAAGAUCAACGAAAAAGAAGACAGAGCCAUUACUUGUGACUGUAGUGCUCUUCCAUAUGGCAUGUCAUAUGAAUUGACGGAGAACAGAUUCAACUUUUUUUAAUCGAAAUUAAAACUAACAAGUGAUAAGAAAUUUAAUCAAAAUCACCCUGUUUGAAAUAAAAUGAAAGAGUCUAAAUGUAAUAUCAGGGAAGCUUAAUGCAAUAUAAUUAUUUCAAUUUUUUAUACGCCCGUUUACGGGACUUAUUAUGGUAUACCGUUGUCCUUCCGUCUGUCCGUCCGUCCGUCGUCAACAUGUUGGACAUUAACUCAAAAACACUUUAACCAAUUUGGAUAAAACUUUGGUGAAUUGUGUAUAUCUAUUGACCUGAGCUCCCUUUCGUUUUUUAUAAAUUUUUCGAUUUUACGUUUCCGAGUUAUGGGGUUUUAUUCAUUAAAAAAAGGGGGAUUUUCCAGUUUUCUAACAAUAACUCAAGAAUGCUUUCACCAACUUGCAAGAAAUUGUGGUGAAUUGUUUAUAUCUAUUGACAUGAGCUCCCUUUUGAUUUUUAUAUAUUUUAGAUUUUACGUUUCUGAGUUACAGGGUUUUAUUCAUAAAAAAAGGGGGAUUUUCCAGUUUUCAGACAAAAAAUCAAAAAUGCUAUCAGCAGUUCUUAUGAAACUUUGGUGAAUUGUUUAUAUCUAUUGAUGUAAGCUCCGUUUAGAAUUUUAUAAAUUUUACAUUUUACAUUUCUGAGUUGUGAGGUUUUAUUCAUUAAAAAAGGGGGGAUUUUCCAGUUUUUGGACAAUUACUCAAAAAUGCUGUCAGCAAUUCUCAUGAAACUUUGGUGAAUUGUUCAUAUCUAUUGAUGUAAGCUCCCUUAUCAUUUUCAUAAAUUUCUAAAAUGAUAUUGAGAAUUAAUUGAACUUUAAUUGUUUAUAGUCUGACAACAGAUUUACUAAGUAUUGUGCAACAGCACAGUGUAUUGCACAACAGCAAGAAAUCUUUAAUUGAAUAUAAAUUCAAUUCAUAUAACCAAUUUCAAGUUCUUUAACUACAUUUAUUCAGAAACCUAUAAUAUGUCAAAUAUUUAAUACAAUCCAAAUUCAGACCUGUAUCAAGCUUGAAUAUUGUGUCCAUUUUUGCCCCAACUGUUCAGGGUUGGACCUCUGUGGGUGUAUCCAGCUGCGCUCAGCGAAGCAGUUUAUUUUAUAUAUAAUAAACUGUGCUUUCUGAUUAACACUACAUUGUUGUGUGGACAAACAAAUGAUUUUAUAAUCAUAAAACAGUGUCAGACUCAGCAUGUUGGUCUAGUACAGAGCAGAGUUCAUAUAUAUAUAUCACAUUAACAUGUUCCCGUCUUGAUAUGCAUGUAAUGCUUGCCACUGGAUGUUAAACACCAACUCAUCAUUAUCAUCAUCAUCAGAUCUUUAUUUGAUGUAAUUCAAUAUUUUCUGUGCUGUUGUAAAAAGAUACAAAGUGAAAACUAUAUGAUGCCGUCUACCAAACUUGAAAUGCACUGAAUGUUUUUUUUAAAGAUUCCAAUUACUGAUGUCAAUUUUAACAUCAAUAAAUUCAUAUUCUGUGCUAUAAUAUUCUCACCAGUAUUCAUUAAUUUGAUAAACGAAUGUACAUGAAAACAGUUAUAAUGUCUGUUUUAACACAGGUAUAAUGAUGACUGACGGUUUUAUGAAGUUUUUUUAUUAACCAGUUAUAAGUGAAUCUUGUUUUCCAUUUAUAUAUGUUACUGGUUUUAACAAUUUAAAGAAGAAAUCCUUUGAAUAUUUAUCAAACAUUAACAUAAAGAUGUUACAAAGGAUUAAAAGAUCAACUUUUAUAAGGGAGAAAUUACUUCUUUGUCUAUUCUUUUCCCUUCAAUUUGCUAGAAAAAAAUUCUGUUAUUGUUAAAGAUAUUUAGCUGAAUUUUAGCUUACCUAAACUAAAAUGUCUGUGUGAAUCACUUGGUGUCUGUCGUAAUUCGUCUCUGAUACUACUGGGCUGGAUGUUACCAAACUUAACCUGAAUAUUCCUUUGGCAUCUUGUUUGUAAAUUUUAUCCCAGCAUUGAUGAACAGGGGUGUCAGCAUAUGUUUAAGUCAAAUUCUUGAAAAUUGUAAGAGAUAGUUAGAAAGCCAUCACCUAAAAACCAUCAGACCUAUUAUUUACUAAUGUUUCUAUUUGUUUAGAAAUGUCAUUUGACUCCCUAUGGUUGGUAUUGCCCUUAAUGACAAUUUUAACUAAUUUUUUACGAAAUUUUUCUGGUUGCUAUAAUCUUGAAUUUGUAAAAGAUACAAAUAAGUCUAAACAGCAAGUUAUUGCCCUUCAGUUAUGAGUUCUACCUAUUUUUUGCAUAUUCGCAAAAACUGAAGAACAGAGAGAGAAGCUAUAAACAAAACAAAUUAUCAGCAAAAUAAGAUUACAAAUUGGUGAGCAUGACUGAAAUCGUCAGUUAUUCCUCUUUAAUGACAAUUUUACCCAUUUUUAUUCGUAUAUUGGUAUGACGUCGUUGUCGUCCGAAGACAUAUUGGUUUUCGCACAAUAACUUUAGUUUAAGUGAAUGGAUCUCUAUGAAAUUUUACCAUAAGGUUCAAUACCACAAAAGGAAGGUGGGGAUUGAUUUUGGGGGUUAUGGUACCAACAGUUAAGGAAUUAGGGGCCAAAAAGGGGCCAAAAAUAAGCAUUUUCUAGUUUCCAGACAAUAACUGUGGAAUGGUGUAUGGAUCUCUCUGAAAUUAUACUACAAGUUUCCAUUCCACAAAGGGAUGGUUAGGAUUUGCUUUGGGGGGUUAUUGCUCAAACCGUUUAAGAAUUAGGGGCAAAAAAGGGGGAAAAACAAGGUUGUCCUCAUUAAUGGACAAAUACUUUAGUACAAAACAUAAUUUAAAGCAGUGUAUGGGAGAUAAAUCAAAUACAUCAUUGAAAUUAUCUCCCUUACACUGCUUUUAAAUUAUGUAUAAAGUAAUGGUUAAUGAACAAUUAAGAUAAUUUAAAACAGUGUAAGGGAGGUAAUCCAAAUACAACGUUUUGGUUACUUCCCUUACACUGCUUUUAAAUUAUGUUUAAAGAAAUGCAUAUUUAUAAAGGAAGACCAGUAUGGCGCAUUAGAUUUGUAAAAUCUUUGACCACAUUUAUUUAUUUGUUAUGCUGAAUCUAACCAUGUAUUUAGAUUUUUUAUUUGUGGACCCCGCUAUCAAAUUGGUUCAUAUUGAGGUCAAAAGGGUCCAAAAUUAAACUUUGUUUGAUUUCAUCAAAAAUUGAAUUAUUGGGGUUCUUUGAUAUGCCAAAUCUAACCGUGUAUUUAGAUUUUUAAUUUUGGGUCCUGUUUUUUAAAUUGGUCUACAUUAAGGUCCAUAGGGUCCAAAAUUAAACUUAGUUUGAUUUUAACAAAAAUUGAAUUCUUGGGGUUCUUUGAUAUGCUGAAUCUAAAUAUGUGUUUAGAUUUUUGAUUAUGGGCCCAGUUUUCAAGUUGGUCCAAGUUGGGGUCCAAAAUUAAACUUUGUUUGAUUUCAACAAAAAAUGAAUAUAUGGGGUUCUUUGAUAUUCUGAAUCUAAACAUGUAUUUAGAUUUUAGAUUUUUGGCCCAGUUUUCAAGUUGGUCCAAAUUGGGGUCCAAAAUUAAACUUUGUUUGAUUUCAACAAAAAUUGAAUAUAUGGGGUUCUUUGAUAUGCUGAAUCUUACCAUGUAUUUAGAUUUUUUAUUUGUGGGUCCGCUAUCAAAUUGGUUCAUAUUGAGGUCAAAAGGGUCAAAAAAUUAAACUUUGUUUGAUUUCAUCAAAAAUUUAAUUAUUGGGGUUCUUUGAUAAGCCAAAUCUAACCGUGUAUUUUGAUUUUUAAUUUUGGGUCCCGUUUUUUAAAUUGGUCUACAUUAAGGUCCAAAGGGUCCAAAAUUAAACUAAGUUUGAUUUUAACAAAAAUUGAAUUUUUGGGGUUGUUUGAUAUGCUGAAUCUAAACAUGUGUUAAGAUUUUUGAUUAUGGGCCCAGUUUUCAAGUUGGCGUCCAAAAUUAAACUUUGUUUGAUUUCAACAAAAAUUGAAUAUAUGGGGUUCUUUGAUAUGCUGAAUCUAAACAUGUAUUUAUAUUUUGAGAUUUUUGGCCCAGUUUUCAAGUUGGUCCAAAUUGGGGUCCAAAAUUAAACUUUGUUUGAUUUCAACAAAAAUUGAAUAUAUGGGGUUCUUUGAUAUGCUGAAUCUUACCAUGUUAUUAGAUUUUUUAUUUGUGGGCCCACUAUCAAAUUGGUUCAUAUUGAGGUCAAAAGGGUCCAAAAUUAAACUUUGUUUGAUUUCAUCAAAAAUUGAAUUAUUGGGGUUCUUUGAUAUGCCAAAUCUAACCGUGUUUUUAGAUUUUUAAUUUUGGGUCCCGUUUUUUAAAUUGGUCUACAUUAAGGUCCAAAGGGUCCAAAAUUAAACUUAUUUUGAUUUUAACAAAAAUUGAAUUCUUGGGGUACUUUGAUAUGCUGAAUCUAAACAUGUGUUUAGAUUUUUGAUUAUGGGCCCAGUUUUCAAGUUUGUCCAAGUUGGGGUCCAAAAUUAAACUUUGUUUGAUUUCAACAAAAAUUGAAUAUAUGGGGUUCUUUGAUAUGCUGAAUCUAACCAUGUAUUUUGAUUUUGGACAUUGGACCAUAAUAGGUAAAUUAAAAAAAUUGAAGUUCUUAGACCACAUUCUUUCUGUGUCAGAAACCUAUGCUGUGUCAAAUAUUUAAUCACAAUCCAAAUUCAGAGCUGUAUCAAGCUUGAAUGUUGUGUCCAUACUUGCCCCAACUGUUCAGGGUUCGACCUCUGCGGUCGUAUCAAGCUGCGCCCAGCGAAGCAUUUUAUUUUA